AUGGGAAAAAGAAAGGAAGUCAAGGCACCAUCCUCCAAAGCAUCUUCGCCGCCCCAUGUUCCCGACGACACGAACCCGGCUCCAACCCUGAACCAGUCAGAGAGAUAUAAAGAUAUCGAUGCACUCCAGGUCAAGAUCGAUCAUCUGCAGGCUGAAAUAGAUGAGUUAGAGAGAGACCGUCAAGAAAAAAUGCGGCUGGCAGUCUUUGGGGGGCGCGGCUGGCCAAAGCCUAUCAUCGAUUACAAGAAUGCGUUUAACUCUCUCUUCAUCACGGCGAACUGGUGGGCGGAUGAUUAUGUGAAAAGAGAUACGGCUGCGCUGGCCGAAUUCGCUCCCGGUGAGAAACGAAGUAUUCUCCAGAGCCUGGUUGGCUACUGUGUACAGGAUUUGGACUGGGAUACUUUUCUAAAGUCUCUGCCGUAUCCGAUCCGUACUUUCAUACCCCUUGUGCUCGCCCGAACGAUGCUCGUAAAGGACAUAUUCGAUAAAGUCUUCGAGAAUCCUUUUUUGAGUUCGCUGUCAUUUGCACAACAUCUGCAGCAUCUGUAUGAGCAGUUUCUGAUCGUGAAUCCCAAGUCUGCCAGCCUGUGGAAGACCGAGACCGUUCGUCUUGCGAACUCCGUCAAUGAUAAACAGGCCAACAACACUGAGAUGGGCCGGCAUACAAAGAGUCGACGUGAGGGAUUGACUCGAUCAUUCGCUUCCGCCAUGCUGAAACAUCCACCAUUUCAAAUGCUACUUGAAAACUGUGAAGACACCGCUGUGCGGGAGGAAAAGCUUGUCCAGUUCUACGAGAAAGCCGAAAAGUUGGCUAUCAGUCUCGGCUCUUCCCAUGGUAUCUGUACGUAUCGAAAUCUCACGAAGUUGGCCUCGCCCUUGUUCUCGGGAGGGGAUCAAGUCGUGACUGCAGAGGACCGUCAUAUUCUCCUGCCGCACCAGCCUAGACUGGACGGACAUCGUAUUCUGUUCAUCUUGCAACCUGCAGUGUCACGCACGGGAGCGGCAAUCCUCGACGGGGGAUUAGAAUCAUGGGCUCAGGCUGUCGCAGUGAUUGAGGAUGGCGACUGUACAGAAGAAGUGUACCACGAGUUGCAACAAGAACGGGAAGCUGAGGCGCGUGAGGUCUACAGAGAGAAACAGGAGGUAAUGGCGAAGCACCAGGCUGAAUGGGAACGAGAACGACGAGAGAAGCAAAAAGAGGGCAAAAGAGUGGAGGAAGAGACACAGGGAGAAGAGGUGGGAAAGAUUAUAGAAGGAAGCCCAGGGAAGCAGGAGGAUGAUGAAGGAGCAGAUGAAGAUACGGAAAGACCAGCACCCAAGCGAGCACGAAGAACAAGAGGAGCAGCAGGGAAAAAGUCAGGCCAGCAGGUAGAAGAGGAGAAAGGGGAAGAAGAGACGAAGAAAAUAAGAGGACGCCGGGCAACCAGAGGAAAGACUACCAAAUGA